AUGUCCCGUCUUUACGAUAUUUACAACCUCCUAAUUCUAAUUACUAUUCUCUGUCUAUCACCCACAUGGGCCCAAUCAGUGGACCCCACAGACCUGACCGUGCCACGAUCGACCUGGCAAGCAAGUGGAGAGACCACAGAUCGUCAAUCACUACAAGCACCAACAGAAGAAACAACAACAGUUCGCCGACGAACAAUCAUCACAGCCUCAAACUCCACCUCAACAGGAAUGCCCAAGCCCUUCGACACACUGUCGUACAACUUCGCCAACGGAAGCACCUGCAUCGACUUCUUCGCGAAAUGGCGCACCAACACAACAAUCUCAAACUGCAACGCCAUUUCCCUACUCAUCGAGAACUCAAACGCCUUCUUCCACACCCUGAACUCAGCACCCGCCACCACCCGCAUCCUAGACACAUCCUGCUCGGCAGAUGUCUCCAAAUGCGCAUCAAUCAUGACCUCCCUCGCAGCCGAUCUCCUCAACCCCGCCCACUGCGGCGACGACUAUGAAAACGGGAACUCCGUCGUCAAAAACACGUAUAGCGAUCUCGUCGCUUACGAACCAAUGUACCGCGCCACUUGUCUCACGAACCCAUCGACGCAGAAAUACUGCUUCGUCGACGCGGUGUCGAAUUCGACGAACGCAGAUGACUACGGUGUCUACCUCAUACCGCUGGGGACCCCGCUCACUGUCGGUGCUGUGCCGACUUGUAAUACGUGUUUGAAGGCGACUAUGGGGCUCUUUUCGACCUGGGCGAGACGGGAUGGUCAGUCGCUUGAUUCGACUUAUCUUCCCUCCGCGAAGAUCGUUAAUGCGCACUGUGGUGGUGGCUUUGCGUCGACUAAUAUCACCGUUGGAUCGGCCGCUGUCAGGGCUGGGGCGGGCCUUGCUGUUCCCUUGCCCAAUCUUGGGAUUGCUACGGUGAUGGCCUUCGUUCUUGGUGUUAUGUUGACUGGCCUGUUUUGA